UGUCGGAAGUUUCAUGGCAGAUGACAGCCAGGACUACUCGAGAAAGAUUCUUAGGGUGAGUGAUGCCACUGGCGUCCAGUCUCCGAAGCAAUAACACUGACCAUCGCUUCUCUAGGUUGCCAAUCCUGACUCCAGCUAGAUUAAUCUCGCAACGACCAGGUUCUAAAACUGCGGCGAGGCAUGCAAACCUUCAUGAAAUCGCCGUCAAUCUCGUUGUCAACUGUCGCAUUGGCUCCCUUCGUUGUACACUCUUGCCCGGGUUGGCAGCCACUCAUUCCUAGAAAGGAUAUGACCCACACGUCUGAAUGGUUGUUCUGUUUUGCUCCUACUUUUGAAAAACCAGCAUCGUCGCAAUGCUGUCGACACUCCUUCAAAUCCGUAACGAAUAAAGAAAGACUUUCGCUUUUUAUCCGACGUUCUUUUUUGCUUUCGACAUCGCCCUCAUUUCAUCUCUUCCUCUGCCCAUGGAUACGAUCUACACUGCCUGUGGUUCGCGGGUACACAGAAGCAUGGCAUGCAGCUUUCGAGGGGCGCUUCGAUUCAUCCUUGGCACACCCUUCGCUGCAUAAGGAUGAAUACCGGCGCCCUCGAUCAGCAGUCAUCAUCAUGGCCCAUGUAUAUGCGUGCAGGAAAAAGGGACUGUUCCUUGUGCUGUGCCAUCACUGCCAUGCGACUAUGGCUUAGAGCACAAAGGGGAAGGGUGGGAUGAGGGAGUUUCUUCUUCAGGUUCAGGGUUUUGGGUCGGUCGGGUAGUGAGAAAAGGAGUGACCGGGGCACUAUAGGACAAUAGGAAAUCGGACUCGUUUCGAAAUCUGAACUAUCUCGUGAUUGCAUUUUUUCCUUUCAGUGCAACACUCGUGCACGACUAGGCCUUCUGAUGUGAGCGAGUCGUCCCAAUAAGGGUUUGGGGGGGUUUCUGGACGAU